AUGACAGAUAACUCCAACAUUGUUAAGAUUGACGCUUUAGGGUCAACCAAAUUGUUCCACCCCAUCAAGGUUGGUGCAAACAAAUUGUCCCAACGUAUUGCCCAUGCGCCAACCACCAGACUCAGGUCUACUGCUGACAAUGUCCCCACUGAUUUGCAGUUGCAAUACUAUAAAGAUCGAGCACAAGCACCAGGCACUUUGUUAAUCACUGAGGCUACAUAUGUGAGUGAAGGAGGAAUCGGGUUGCCUAAUACACCUGGUCUUUGGAAUGAUACACAAGCUAAAGCUUGGAAACAAAUCACAGAUGCCAUUAGAGAGCAAGGAUCAUAUUCAAGUGUCCAGUUGUGGUAUUUGGGACGUACUGCAUACCCACCUGAGUUGAAAAAGAGAGGAUUACCAUUUGUUGCUCCUUCUGCGCUUUAUCAUAGCGAGGAACUGGAAAAGCAAGCUAAGGAAAGCGGUCAUGAGUUGAGAGCAUUAACCAAGGACGAAAUUGAACAUUUGAUCAAUGAAGAAUUCCCCAAUGCAGCUAGAAAAGCACUUGCUGCUGGGUUUGAUUACAUUGAGUUACACUCAGCUCGUGGAUAUUUGUUGAGCCAGUUCUUGAAUCCAGUUAGUAAUCAAAGGACUGAUGAGUAUGGAGGAUCAAUUGAAAACCGUGCUCGCUUCUUGUUGAGUAUUGUUGAUAAGUUAAUCCCCAUUGUUGGAGCUAAUAGAAUUGGAAUUAGAUUUUCACCUUGGGCUACAUUCCAAGUGAGUGAACCAGAAGGUGAAGAGGUUCAUUCAUAUAUCCUCAAGGAAUUGCAAAAGCGUGCAGAAGAAGGAAAUGAAUUGGCAUAUCUUUCCUAUGUUGAGCCUAGAGUUUCUGGAGUUGUCGACGUCAAGAGGGAGGAUAUAAAUGGCUCUAAUGCCUUUGUAUCGAAGAUUUGGAAGGGGACUUUGAUUAAAGCUGGUAACUAUACAUACAGUGCACCCAAGUUUGAUGAUUUGGUUCGUGAUAUCGAUAACGACAGAACAUUGAUUGCUUGGUGUAGAUUUUUCACGUCAAAUCCAGAUUUGGUUCAACGUUUACAACAUGGAUAUGCUUUGCAACAGUAUGAUCGUGAAACCUUUUAUCAACAGUACAACUGGGGAUAUAAUACCUGGAACAAUUAUAAUGAGAAGAAGAAAUAUGAUGAAAAGACUGAAAAGGAGAGAAUUGGUAAACCGUUGGCUUAA